CAUCUAUCUCUCCCCCCUUUGCCGUUCCGCUGCUUCUCGAUUCCGAUCCCUCCCUUGUCGCGAACGCCGAUUGCCUCCGCGUUCUCCUGUUCCCGGUGGAUUACGGCUCCGCUGUGUAGAUGUACGGAUCGGCGCCCAAGGAGAACGUACACCAGAGUACUCAUUAUAGAACUGAAGAUUAUGAUGAGUAUGAAGAGGAAUAUGAUGAGUACGAGGAGGAAGCAUCUGAACGUGAUGGAGAAGAUGAACAGGAAGCUCCAAAACCUACCAAGGAGGAACAAGAAUUUCUCAGUGUGAGGGAACAACUAAAGGACAGAAUUAGAACAAAACUGAAGAAACAAAAUGCCAGGGCUCUAGGUCAUUCAUCUCAAACUCAGGACAAGAGAAGAACAACCACAAAUGCUACAUUUGGCUCCUUUUUCGGCCCUUCACAGCCUGUUAUUGCUUCAAGAGUUAUUGAAGAAAGCCGAUCUAUUCGAGAAACAAGACAUGUUAUGACAAACUUGUCAAGUUCUGUAGCUUUUCUGCAGAAGAAAAGGGAUGCCACAGCCUCAGCAAGUACUCUAUUGACUCAACAGCAUCACAAAAAGCCAGCUGUUGUAAAUGAGAUAAAGAAUAAAGCACAAACACUAAAAGACAUGCGGGAUUAUUCUUUUCUACUGUCUGAUGAUACUGAUUUUCCUACUGCAAAAGAGCAGCCUGCAACCAGGAGUGUUUCUGCACCGAAGUCUGAUGGCCGGUAUGCUCAAACAUCGCUGAAGAGCCAAUUGCCAAUGAACCAGCCUGUUAAAUUGGUCUCUGUUGCCAAUGGAUUGAGGAACCCGGAUUCAAGAAAACAGAAUAUUCAGAGCAAUACUGGGUUUGCAAAGGAAGCUCCACUCAACCGACCACUGCCAGCUUCAACUGAUUCUCAGAAAGUCUUGAGUGGUGCUGUUGGAAAUGGUUCCAGCAAGCCCAUGGGGACCAAUCCCUCUCAGCGUAUUGUCGGAAAUGGUUCCAGCAAGCCUAUGGGGACCAAUCCCUCUCAGCGUGUUGUCGGAAAUGGUUCCAGCAAGCCUAUGGGGACCAAUCCCUCUCAGCGUGUUGUCGGAAAUGGUUCCAGCAAGCCUAUGGUGACUAAUCCCUCUCAGCGUUUUGUCGGAAAUGGUUCCAGCAAGCCUAUGGUGACUAAUCCCUCUCAGCGUGUUGUCGGAAAUGGUUCUAGUAGGCCUGCGGUGACUAAUCCCUCUCAGCGUGUUGUCGGAAACGGUUCUAGUAGGCCUGUGGUAACCAAUCCCUCUCAGCGUGUUGUCGGAAAUGGUUCUAGUAGGCCUGUGGUAACUAAUCCCUCUCAGCGUGUUGUCGGAAAUGGUUCUAGUAGGCCUGUGGUGACUAAUCCCUCUCAGCGUGUUGUCGGAAAUGGUUCCGGUAGGCCUAUGGUGACUAAUCCCUCUCAACGUGUUGUCGGAAAUGGGUCCAGCAAGCCUAUGGGGAAUAGUUCUUCACAGCGGAAGGUCCCUAUUCAGGCAGCAGGUGCAAAUAAGCCACUCAGCAAGGUUGUAAAUGAUCCUUAUUUGAAGAAGGAUAUUUCAGCUGCAAAGCCACAUUCUUCUGCUCUGAAGCAUUACCCAGAAAAGAAAAGAUUAACUCAAGGACUAGAUCAAGUGAAAACAACAGUGAAACAGUCGAUGCCUCCCUCAAAAUCUCAGCCUAUUAAGCAAAGCUUUUCACAUGGCAACCUUGACAAUCGAUUAAAGAGAAGACCUUCUGGAAGGAAUUUGAGUGAUGAGGAAGAUGUUGAUUAUCGCAGUCUCAUCAGGGGAAUGUUCGGGUACAAUCCUAAUAAGUAUGCAGGGAUGGAUGAGGAUGACAGUGACAUGGAAGUUGGUUUUGAUGUAAUACAGAAAGAAGAGCGAAUUAGUUCCAAGAUUGCCAGGAAGGAGGACGAAGAGCAGCUUCGCCUGAUCGAGGAAGAAGAGGAGCGCGAGAGACAGAUGAGGAGACGAAUGAAGAAGAAACCAAAACAUUAGCCAAGUCGUCCGCAUGGUUGGAAAUUUUCUUCCGGCUUUUCUUUUUGAUGAUUGCCAGAAUACGAGUGCUCUGAAAGCAAUGAUACACGGAAAGAACAAAGGUCAAUCUCUUCACUGUUCUUCUUUUGGAUGCUAAUUCUCAUUCUUAGAAGAUAGAUCAGUUUUAAGGCUGACUCAAUCAUCAUGUGUGAUGCACCUGAUUUUUUUUCCUUCUAAUUGAUUAUUGUUUAUAAUCUUUGCUUA